GCGGGGAGGAAGAGCAAACGUCACACAUCACACAUCAUGUGCAUGUGACAUGCGCGGUUUCUUGUGACGCUGCCCGAAAUUACGUUCGUUCUCAAGUUUCGCUCAUCCUGAUUUCUUUUGCGUAAGAUGCUUCAUGUUCCAUGUCAAAACUAUUCUCUAGUUACUGAAUGUCCAGUGAAAUGGACCGCGACUCAAGAGAAAUCUCUCGCCAAAGACUUCCCUGUGGAGGUUACGAAGGAAACUCCAGAAACGUGUGUCUCGCGAGUUUACCAGCAGUUUUUAUGGUUUCCAGAGUCGAUUGCGCCGCUGCAACAUCUCGUACCAGCCCUCCUAAGGACAAGCCUCAGUGCGAUUCCUUCGUCUUCGUCGAUCUCCAGAGAUCCCCUCCGUCAAAUUCUACAGUCUCUACUGCUCACUCCUCGUUCGGCUUCGCAAAAGUAUCAGAAUCACGUAACUCGACUGCUUGAAGACGAAGAUGCUAUCCCAGACUUGGAGGCCAAUCUGCUCUGGUAUGCGGUUAAGUACGAGAAGAUUGAUGUUGACGAGAAUGCCGAUGAACGCCAGCAAGAAGUAGCUGAAGAAAAAUGGAAGUCCGCCUGGCUUGAACGUGUGGAGCGACGCGAAGUUCUUAUACAGAUCAUCUUGCAUUUUCUCAUUUUGACGCGUCCGGAGCCGCUUGUGGAGGAUCGGGGACAUACACCUGAUCCUCAGCCGCUAUCGCAAUCGCCGCGGAAGCGCAAACGGAAGACGCCUCCACCUGACAAUAUGUUCUCAAAUGACGAAGUCGAAGACCGAUUGGAAGCGUUCAUGGAUAAGCUUUGCAUGUGGCAGUUGACGAAUGCGCUAGACGAUAUCGUUGCGAGCAAUACCUCAACGUCUAAGCAGGCUAUGACUGCUUCCUCCAAGGGCAAACAGAAAGCUGUGGACGAGCGCGACUGGAUGCAAAUAUUCUGCGAAGAUGUGAUUGAACCCGUCUUCAAAUCAACCCUUCCGUCAUACUGUGAACUUCUUCGAUCCAAGGUGUUCCCAAGUUCCCCCUUCUCCGACGAUUCAGAUUUUGAUGGAUUUCUACCUGCUUCUGACAACAUGGCAUCCAAACGUUUGAGAGCGUCCGAUUCAAGAUCCUCCUCACGUCGGCAGUCUCCAUCGCAACACUCUCAUCCCGAGGCUUCCAAUGAUCGUAUACUCAGCCGAUCCCGCUCACUAUCACAAUCCCUGGAGAAAGAACGAGAACGAUCACGCUCAGUGAGCGUAGGUCCUGGAAACAUGAAGAAACCGGCCUUGACAAGAGAAGUCAGUAUGAAGACGGUAUUCAAAGGCAAGGCUCAGGAGCAGGCGAGAAGGAAAGAAGAGGAAAGGAGUAGAGCCGCGCGUGCUACUAAGAAACCAGUACAGCAACCCCAAGUGCGGCAACGUAAAGACCAAGGGAGGACACUUGUACAAGCUACGCCAGUCAAACCGAAAGGCAAGGCACCUGGUGCCGCCAAAUUCUCACAAACUACACCGAAACUUCCUAUGUUAUCAGUCAAAGAAGAAAUUGAAGAAGAGGGGGAUUGGAGACCUCUAUCAAAUUCGCCAGAUAUUCUUCUUCUGGGCUCAAACUCAGGUGGUUGGGAUGAUGACGAUGAGAAUGAAGAACUGGACAUUUUUGGUACUCCAGUCCGAAAGCGAAAAGCUGGAAGUGGGACGCUUCUAGUUGGGGCGACACCCACCAAAGUAUCAUCAUAGAAUUCUCUUGAUGGUCGUCGUAUUUACCAGGUUGCGCCCUGCAUUCACGUUGGAGACAACACGAAUUUCAUUUGGAUAUCUGUGAUUGUCGUGUUGUUUUUCCUGAACGGAUCUUUUGGUAUUCCCUUGUAAGGUGAUUCCGCAUUGCAGGGAUUAUCCGAUGUAACUUACAUUGCAAUUGCCUUAUCGGUAUGUAUACAUUAGAAGCUUUGGACAAACAAGCGCAUCUGCAUAUGUACUCCACCACUUGCCUCCCAAUUUCGUCUUUCGUCGGUCGGCUGUUGGGUACGUGUAUUUGACUCGGCAUGAUCGACUGACCAACAAUCUGGGUGGAAUACAGCAUCUUUUGCAUUACAAGACUAGGACCUUUC